AUGAAGGACCAAGAUUUUGACAUCCCAGAAGAAGUUCUCAACUUAUCCACAGGUCGUUGGAUCAAAAAGAAUGGAAAGUUAUUCCAAAAAUUGUUGUGUGAAGAUUAUAAAUAUACUAAAGACCUUUUAUAUUAUUUAGAUGAUGUUCUGCUAAUAGAUCUAGAUAAAUAUGGUACAAUCUAUCCCUUAGCUGACUUCUUUUAUUUUGCUUUGAUCCUGUCUCUUUCUACUUUAGCGAAAAUGAGGGAUAUAUGUAAAAGAUACCUUAUUUCUGUAGGUACUGCUGUGGAAAGAGAAAUAUAUCUAUUUGCUAUAGAAAAAAAUAAACAAACUGUGUUAUAUAAUCUGAUUCAGAUGGGAUACCCUGGAUAUAACUUAUCUCAAUUAUUAGAAAUGUGUUGGAAUCAUAGAGAAACUCGGAAAUAG